AUGUGUGAAAAAACAAACGUGGAAAAUCACAAACCUCGGAGAAAAGCUGCGCCGCUGGCGAUUGUGCGACAGCCACGGCUCCUGGGAUUGGCGCCGGAACGGGCGAUGCCGGUACUGAGGGCAAACGAGGUGGACGAGAUACUUCGUCCAACUGAAAAACGAAUCAUCAGCCCAAGGAUGACGGAUGGACUUGUUGCUGAGGGUCCCAGAGGGAUGCGCGUUCUCAUUUUGUUCCUGUCGUUCCGGGGAUUCCCACGAGGACAAGGUGUCCUAGGUAGUUUGAACAAGACAAAGCUGUCUAUUUAA